GCGGCUGCAUUCGGCCCGGCCGGAGCGAGCGGAGCCCGCAGCAGCAGCAGCAGCAGCAGCAGCAGCCCGGGCCGCCCCGCCAUGAGGCCGCUGGCGGGAGGCGAGUGCCUGCUCGUCCUCCUGGCCCUCACGGAGGCCCGCGUCUUUUUGUCUCAGCAGCAUGCCUCAGAAUACCUGGUUAGGAAACGCAGAGCAAAUUCUUUUAUGGAAGAAAGUAAGAAGGGAAAUUUAGAAAGAGAAUGUGUUGAAGAACUAUGCAAUAAAGAAGAAGCCCGCGAAAUCUUUGAAAAUGAUCCUGAAACGGAAUACUUCUACCCCAAAUAUAUACGCUGCCUCACCUACCCCCGACUAGGGAUCGCAAGCAUUUCUGUGAUGUCUCCAGAUUCUUCAAGUGACCUGAGGACUUGUAUCACUGAAAUUUCAAAUCAAUGUACCCCUCUGCCAUGCAAUGAACAUGGAUACACAAAAUGCAUAGAUGGGAAAGCUGCAUACACCUGUGUUUGUAAACCAGGAUGGCAAGGAGAGAGAUGUGAAGAAGAUAUAGAUGAAUGUCAAGAUCGAGAAAAUAUAAACGGAGGGUGUAGCCAAACAUGUAUUAAUUUGCAUGGAAGCUACCGCUGUUUCUGUGAAGAUGGUUAUUACAUGCUUCCAAAUAAGAAGGACUGCAGAGACAGGGAUGAAUGUAUGUUACGGCCAAACAUCUGUGGAACAGCCAAGUGCCAGAACACGCCUGGAAAAUAUGAAUGUGUAUGUGUGGAGGGCUUCAGAUAUAAUUCAACUACAAAGAACUGUGAAGAUGUGGACGAAUGCACUGAAAACAUUUGUGGUCAAAUGUGUGUAAAUUAUGAAGGAAGCUACACCUGCCAUUGUGAUGGUCAUAAAGGGUUCAAGCUCUCUCAAGACAUGAAGACUUGUGAGGCUGUUCCAGUUUGCCUCCCGCUGAACCUUGAGCCGAAUUAUCAGUUGCUUUACCUGGCAGAGCAAACAACAGAAAAUGCUGUUCUGCAUUUAAGGUUUAAAUUGCCAAAUGCCAGCAGAUUUUCAGCAGAAUUUGAUUUCCGGACAUAUGACAACGAGGGUGUUAUACUAUAUGCCGAAUCCUCCAACAACACAGGAUGGUUCUUGCUUGCACUUCGGGAUGGAAGGAUUGAGAUUCAAUUCAAGAAUGAACAUGGAACAAAAGUCACAAGCGGUGGCAAAGCCAUUAAUGAUGGUGUGUGGCAAACAAUCACAGUGGAAGAACUAGAACACAGUAUCUGUGUUAAAAUAGCAAGGGAAGCAGUGAUGAGUAUUAAGAGCCCUGGGAAUCUUUUUAAACAAAUAAAUGGUUCACUGGAAAUCAAAGUGUAUGUUGCAGGGCUACCUCCCAAAGCGGGCAACACCCUCAUUAAGCAGAUUAACCCUCGCAUAGAUGGGUGUGUUCGGGCCUUGAACCUGAUGAGUCAGGGACAUUUAGGCUUAACAGAAGUUAUUAAAAAAACACAAAUCAAACGCUGUUUACCAUCUGUGGGGAGAGGAUCCUACUACCCUGGCACUGGAGUGGCAAAGUUUCAUAUAAACUAUAACAAUGAUACUGACACUGGAGAGUGGGUUAUAAAUGUAGUCCUGAACAUUCGCCCAUCUAAAGGCACUGGGGUUAUGUUUGCCUUGGUUUCUGGUGAAUCAGUGCCUCUUGCUUUGUCGAUCGUGGACUCCAGCUCCUCCAACUCACAGGACAUCAUUGUGACUAUUGGGAAUAUUAUUAUUGCCCAGCUGGAAUCGAAGAGAUUAUGCACCACCAGAAAGACACUGGUAGGAUUCAGUGCAAGCAAACAGCAGAUUGAACUGACGGUUGAUUCACAAACAAAUGUAACAAAUUCAGAGCAAGAGCUGUCUAUCCUCGAUCAAGUAAUGAGAGGAACUGUUGCUGUUUACACCUACUUAGGUGGUCUUCCAGAUCUUCCCCUUGGUAUAACACCACUAACGGUCUUUUAUAAUGGCUGCAUGGAGGCGACGGUUAACAGCAAAGAACUGGAUCUGGAUCAAGCUGCCUAUAAACACAGUGACAUUAGAUCACAUUCAUGUCCACAAGUAAUGGGAGAAGAUCCAUUCUUAAAGUAACUCUCUACCUUUAGAUAUAAUUUCUGUAAUUAGUCUCAUUCAUCUCACAUACCAUUUUAUUCAAGAUGUGCCAGGAUACCAGAUCAUCUGGAAUGUUGUUCUCCCCUUCAUGUACUGCGGAAAGGAAAAAAAAACCCUCUCUUUUCAGAGAUAAAGGGAAAGAAUACAGAUUGCAUUCUUGUUCAAAUGAUCCUGCCCAAGUCCAGUUCCUUAGAUUUUAUAUUUAAAUAAUUCUUUCAGAUGGAGUAGUGAGUCCUACCAGCAUAUUUAAAAUCUAAAUCAAACUAUUUUAAUUUAACUUUUAAAGAAAAUAUAUGAAAAUGUUUUAACAACUUUUAUGAAGUAUGAUUUUAUAAAAAGAAAGGCCCCCAGGUUAGAAGGCUAAUUGCUGUCAGUAUACUUAUGAAUCGUAAUAGCAUUUGGGGUGGUGACAUCAAAAACAAAAGCUUUUAUUUACAUUAAAAAGAAAAGGACAUUAGUAAACCAAUUUAUGACAUUCUUGACCAACAGUUGCCUUUUCCAUCUUGGAGUCCCACUAUCGUAGUUUGAACUUCAGAACUUUUCCCCCCUCCCUGAUUCAUAAUUCCAUUACUUUACUUAAGAGUAAAGUACUCCCAUUCCUAAAACAACAUAAUAUCAUGCCACUGUCAGAAAGAGAAGGGCAGCAGAUGUGUGUGAGUAAAUUGUGUGCAUGAAGGGGCACGUCUACACGAUAUGCUAAAUGCACAGUAGACUAAUUCUACUGCACAUUAGCACGUCACAGCAAAAGCCGUGCUAAUACACAGUAGAAUUAGUCUGCUGCUCAUUGGCAACAAUAAAUGACUGUGCACUGGUGCUACUGUGUAGUAGUGCCAGUUACUGCGCAUUGUGUUAGUACCUGUUAUUACAGGUACUAAACUUAAUGCGCAGUAACAAUGGUGCAUCAAUGCAUGUGUAGAUGUGCCCAAGAGGUAGUCACACUGGUGUCGACAUCAAACUUGAAUUUGUUGAAUAAAGCUGAGGGCCUCCCUAAAAAACAGACUUCCCCGUUUUUGACUAAACUUGCACUCCAGAGUUUCUUAGUCACUCCCAACUAGCUCCUUGGAGAUGUCAAACUUAUUCUCUACUUAGGUUAAUCCCUUAACACCCCCAGUCCUCUUACAUAUGACUUUGAGGCACCUCAGAAGUGCCUGAUUUACAACAAAAGCUCUUUAUUUACAUGAAAGGCUUAAAUCUUGAAGCCAAUUUUGCACUUCAAGCCAUAUCCCUAUUAAACCAAAUUAGUCCACAAAGUUGAUUAGAAGAGGGAAUGAUUCUAGGAGGUACCCAAGUUGGUAUGUCUAGUUUCUUUAAUUCCUGUGAGUAAUCUUUCAAUUUCCAGACUCAUUUUCACAUAGCUGGUAAAGCCUCUCCAUUUAGCUACUGCAGGUUUUGGUUAACCCUAAACUAAUAGGGAGAGAAGAGUCAGAAGCAGGAGUACCCUUCCCCUGCAUCUCAUUAAGCUACAGAAUAGACAACUACCUAUCAGAACACUUGAAUUAGGAUUUGAUGCCCUGGUAUAGAAAUUUACUUACCCAAAGAAGUAUUAUACCAUCUUCAUUCACUUUGAAGAAUGCCUUCCUCCUCAGGAAGUCUCAUUGAAAUUAAUGGUAUGAUAUGAUGUAGUACCUCCCAAGUGCAGAACCUAGUCCUAUAUUUUCAAUUUUUUAAAAUUCACUUCUGACCCAGUUCUUUUUGUAUAACUUUAUGAACACAAUGAAUUAAUGUCUCCUCUGACUUCCUGUGCAACCCAGCCCCAGUUUGAUUUGGCACCAGAUCUCAGAACGCUGCUUCUUGGCAAAAGGAAACCUUGACAAUCACAGAAACCCAGUGUGCAGUGCCUAAGCUCCUGUCAGCUCUUGGGCCACCUCUGUGGAAUGGUGCAUGGAUGCAAAACUGCUUUGAUUACCUCUGCAGUGGCAUACUGAUGCAAAACUGUGUUUAAAUAACUGUGAGGAAAAUUCCCCUCAUUGCAUCUGGGCUCCAAAUCAGAGGUCCAGCUGAAAUCUAUACAAUUCAAAUAUAUGUUUAAAUGCUGUGCAGGACUGUGACUUUGGUCAAUUGGAACCUCAAAACAUGCCUAUACUUACUGUAUUUCUAGUUUUUCAAGAACAGUUCCCAAAAGUAAGACUCUCUUUUGAAUUUGGUGCUUGUUCAGCCACCUUACCUGACCAGAGAAACAAUCAAAAGAUAGAGCCCAGAAGAAAGGUGUCAAUAGUACAUAAGAUAUUUAUGUCUAUAUUACAGUUAGAAGGAAAAAAGAGGGGGGAGGGGAGGAAGAUGGAUUUUUAUUUCAUAAAUUGAAGAGAGAUGAAGUUAAAGAAUAUGGAAAAUAAAGGAACAAUAUUUUUGUUUUGUUUUUCUCUAUGGAUACCUGCAUUCUAGUUUUAAGCAAAACUGUGUGCUGAACUUUUGAAUGUGAAAGUGCCUCCAUAUUUUAAAGAUGAAAUAAAAGAAAAAAAUUCUAAUUUAUUUUCGUGAGUCCUUUUAAUAGUGCAAACCUGGAUCAGAUGACCAAGUGAUAUACUCAGGUGACUAGGAUUAUCUUCAAUAUUAAUAAAACCUAUUAAUUCUAAAGCUCA